CCCCAGAGGCCAGGGCUUCUUCCGGCGGGGGGAGGCCUCUCCUUCACCCCAGCUAUUAUGGAACUUGGGAGAAGGGCUGGGGCCUUUGGCCACCCAGCAGGUUGAGCCCUGCACAGGGCAGUGUCCCUAGAUCUCAGGGAUGGAACUGGAGAAUGGGCAGGCAGGGAAGGGGCUCUCUGAUGCACCGUCUCUGUAGAUACUCCCCCCGUCCUCCGUGAGCUCCUUGGUGGUAGGGGCUCCCUGGCCAUCACCUGGGCUGGCUCCUUUCAUACCCAUCCUUCUGGGCAUUGAGGCUGGCCCACCUUUGUGUUGUGACCCUGGAGGGCUCCCAGGGGCCCACCUGAGCGAUGGUUGGGGUAGGGUGGCCACACUCCCUGGGAGUCCUGACGUUGAGAUGUAGCCCUGCACGUCUAGCCAGGGACCGGAGGCAGAGUGUCCUGGGGCGCUGUGUUCUUUCGCCUGCUCGGGCCUGCCCACGGGACGUGUAAGGUGCAGAGUCCUGGGCCGCGACCCAGACCUUCAGACAGCUGCACGGGGAGCUCCUGGCAGUUCUCACUGUAGAGAGGAAAGAACCACUCCUGGGUUUCCGAAGCCUUUGGAGUCCAGGAUAUAGAACAAAAAGCAUUAGCGUGUCGGGUGCUCGUGUCUGAAACUUGCACCAUUGCCCCAGGACUCAGGGGGUACCAGGUAAUGAGGCUCCUGCUUCUCCCUUUGCCCUCCUUGCCCACAGUCAGUGUCACCCCCAGGCUCGUCUGCCACGUCCUCCGGUGUUGUGCAUGGAGUCCCCCCCCCCCCACCAGCGACGGGACGGCGCCCCCAGGCUGCAGCUCGCUGACUGUGGCCAGGAACAGCCUCCUCUCCUGCAGGGCUGUGGGCGGCCUGGACAGCAAGCAUGGUGCCCUCCGGCCAGGUGGCAGAGAAGCAGGAGCCCCCGGAGCUUGGGCGGCACCCUGAGCUCAAAUCCUGGAGGUGCCUGGUGUUCUACCUGUGUUUCUAUGGCUUCAUGGCACAGAUGCGGCCCGGGGAGAGCUUCAUCACCCCCUACCUCCUGGGCACCGAUAAGAACUUCACGCAGGAGCAGGUCACCAACGAGAUCACGCCGGUGCUGUCCUACUCCUACCUGGCGGUGCUGGUGCCCGUCUUCCUGCUCACCGACUACCUGCGCUACAAGCCGGUGCUGGUGCUGCAGGGCCUGAGCUACGUCUCCGUGUGGCUGCUGCUGCUGCUGGGCGACUCCGUGCUGCACAUGCAGUUCAUGGAGCUCUUCUACAGCCUCACCAUGGCCGCCCGCAUCGCCUACUCCUCCUACGUCUUCUCGCUCGUGUGCCCGGCCCGCUACCAGCGCAUGGCCGGCUACUCGCGCACGGCCGUGCUGCUGGGCGUCUUCGCCAGCUCCGUGCUGGGCCAGCUGCUGGUCACCGUGGGCCGGGUCCCCUUCUCCACGGUCAACUACAUCUCCCUGGGCUUCCUCACCUUCAGCCUGCUCCUCGCCCUCUUCCUGAAGCGCCCCAGGCGCAGCCUCUUCUUCAACCGCGCCGCCCCCGCGCGCCACGGGGCCUCGCCCUCGGAGCUGGACCGCAUGAACCCGGCCCCCUCCCGGCCCGCAGACGCCAUGCCGGGCCGGGCACCGCCGGGGGCCUGGCGGGACUGGACCCUGGUGCGCAUGUUCCGGGAGCUGGGGGACCACCUGCGGCUGCCGCAGCUGCGCCUCUGGUCCCUCUGGUGGGUCUUCAACUCGGCCGCCUACUACCUGAUCGUGUACUACGUGCACAUCCUGUGGAACGUGGUCCACCCCACCACGGACGCCGCCUCCGUCUACAACGGGGGGGCGGACGCCGCGUCCACCCUGCUCGGUGCCAUCACCUCCUUCUCCGCGGGCUUCGUGAAGAUCCGCUGGGCGCAGUGGGCGAAGCUGGUCAUCGCGGGCGUGACGGCGGUGCAGGCCGCGUUGGUCUUCCUCAUGUACAGCACGAGCAGCAUCUGGCUGUGCUACGUGGCCUUUGUGCUCUUCCGUGGCGCCUACCAGUUCCUGGUGCCCAUCGCCACAGCUCUGUGCCCUGGUGUUCGGAGUCAACACGUUCUUCGCCACCGUCCUCAAGACCAUCGUCAUCCUCAUCGUUGCCGACAAGCGGUGUCUGGGCCUCCCGGUGCGCUCGCAGUUCCUCGUCUACUUCGUGUACUUCCUAGUGCUGUUCAUUGUCUACCUCUCGGCGGCCAUGCUGGUGAUCCUGCGGCCCCUCCGGGAAGGCCGCCACCCGCCCCCAGCCCUGCCCCCGCCCCAGGAGGAGAAGGCCGAGCAGGUGCUGAGCCUGCAGGACAGAGGCCUCAGUGGCCCGAAGCCGGAAGCCCCCCCGCCGGCCCUGGAGGACAGCGUGUGGACGGCAGGGCUGGCCUCUCGGGAACAGAACCAGCAGCCCGAGGCCAAAGCUUGACCCAGCCCGGCCUAGCGGGAGGCCAGGCUCCUCUGGCACCGGAGGCAGCCCGUGCACCGUGCUCCACAUCCUGGGGCCUUGAUGUCUCAGAAGGGAUGUCUCUUCGUAGCUGGCCCAGGACCCGGGUUCCGGCACGGUCCACAUUCCAGUGUUCGCAUUGUGGAGCCAGGGACUGACGGGGACCCUAGGUGGGAUAUCCCUGUGACCCACACCCCGGGGGCUUGUCUGGCGGUGGCCCUGAGUACUGGUUCUCGUCCCCAUCCCGCUGCCUGCUGGGGCACUGCGGGCUGGCUUGCUGUCCCCGUGGCGGGGAGGGGGGUCUCAUGUGCCCACCAGGCCACUCUGCCUUCACCCCGCCCCCCACAAGAGGCAGGUCCUGCUUGUUCCUGGGGACCAGUGAGGGGGCCAAGAUGCCAGCCUCAGGGACUCAGUCCCCCACAGGGUAUCCUGUGCCCUGCAGGGCCAGGCCGGGAUCCCUGAUUGCCGUAGCCUGUGGCUAAACUUGGUAAGGCCAGUUGUCCAGGUACUUGCUUUAGACUAUGUCCCUUUCCUAAAGAAAGUUGACCCAAAUGAGAAGCCUCAGUGGGCUUCUCUUUCCGGGCGAGACGCCAGGCAUUGGCCGGUGGCAGACAUUGGCCCGUCAGGUGGAAGCAGGGAUGCGGGGGCCCUGGAGCCCCGCUUCUCCCCCAGCGGGCUAACCCUGACCUACCUCACUGGUGACUGCAGACCGCUUGGGGUCACUCACCCACGUGCCGGCCCACACGGGACCCACCCUGAGCACACCGCCUCAGAUGCAAGACCGUCGGCUCUCCCCAAAAUCAAACCACAAGCCCCACACGUGGAGGGGCUCCUGGUCUUGUACUAACCUGGCGUGGGUGGGGGCGGCUGGUCAGGAGGCCAAGAAGAGGGCCCCGGCCCCAGGCAGGAACCCAAACCAGGCCCCCACGGCCUCGAGCUGAGCACAGCCCCCUCCUACAGCCCUGUCUUGAGAAGCGCCCACGCCCCGCGGGAAGGGAAGGCCAGCUGCUCGGAGCCAGCUUGGUGCAGAGAGGUUGGAGCAGCCCUCCUGGAGAGGAGCUGCCUGCACCCAGGGAUCCCUGAGGUCCGCUUGUCGGGGGCAGGGUGUCUCAGGAGGCUGCCCUGAGGCUGCAGGAGGAUGCUGGGGGGGGCGGGGCAUCCACAGGGGGCCUCCCCGCUGACUCCAUGCCCCAGGGACCCCGUGGGGAGGGGCAGUGCUCUUCCCCUUCCAUGCUCAGGGAUCCUGCGGGACUUGGCAGGUGGAGGGCGGUGCCUCUCACCUCUGGUCACUGUCCUCACGAUGCAGGCCUUUGCUCUUGCCCCCACCCUGACCUGUGAAUGCUCCCAUGGGUGGGUGGCCCAGCCACCUGGCCCCACGGUGGGUUCUGUGUGCUGCAACAGCUCUGGGGAGAACGUGGGUGCUGGGUCUACACCCCGGCUUGCCUGUGCGGACUGCCGGCCGUCCCCAGGGACGCUCCGGAGACAAGGUUUAGGGCACCAGCAUCCCCGUGCACGUGUGUGCAUCUGACAUCCGUGUACAUCUAGCCACGCCCACCUGUGCCCCUUCAGCGGGACCCACCAGCAGGACAGAGACCCCCACAGUCUGUCUCACGAUAACGAAGGCUGCUUCCAAACCGAGUGUCCAUGCAAAACGCUGUUUUUAUUUGGAGCCUGUUUGGAAACCACAUUACACAGUUAGCAGGACCGGCUGCCGUGGUUUACAGGGCAGUGUUGAGACAGCAGACCUGAGGCGCUUGGCUCCGUGCCCACGACCCAGCACAGCCACCAGGGGGGGAGGGACCCUGGGGGUGCCCCCAGAAUGCCCCCUUCAGAGUGCUUUGUCUACACGGCCUCGGGUCCCAGGGCUCGGCAAGGCCGGUCUCAGGUGAGCCGUGUCCUGGCUGAGGACAGGUGUCGCGAUCCUGUUUGCCCCUGUGCCUUGUUUUAAGUAAGCUUCGUGCCCAGCGUGGAGCCCAACGUGGGGCUUGAACCCACAAACCAUGAGAUCAUGAUCUGAGCUGAGAUUGAGUCGGACACUUAACCUGAGCCACCCAGGCACCCCUUUCCUCUGUGGUUUUUUGAACUCUGUGUCCCAUGAAGAUAAACCUGGGGCCCUGGACUCAGCAGGCAGGAGUUCUGGCCGGGCACCUGGGAGUGGGAGUAGGUUUGGGCCCAGUUGGGUUCCGGGAUGUGCUCCUGGGCAAGGCUAGGGAAGCCUCUGCUCUGGGAAUCCUUGCCUCAGCAAAGGAGUUUUGGACCUGGGCGGGGCCCGGGGACAGGACACUGCCAUCCCUGGGUGGGGGCCCCUCAACUCCUAGCGUGGGGGUGUCUGGCUGGCUCAGUCAGUAGAGCUCUUGAUGUCAGGGUUGUGAGUUUGAGCCCCACGCUGGGGGUAGAGAUGAAAAAUCUCCCUGCAGGGC